AUGUCGAGCGAGUCGCAUGAGGGAUACAGGAAGCUCGUAAAUGAGCUCAUGAAAGGACGAGACCAAGUGCAGCGUCUCAGAGAUGCUGCUUUUGGUUCUUUUUCUGAUGGAAACCAAGGGAGAGCUCUGGAUAAAAUGUUGACUUCUUACGAAGAAGCUCUGUCGAUUCUUGAUGAAUUAAUGUACAUGCCCGAGAACAUAGAAGAUUCCCUCGACCAUGUUUUCACCCAUGAAAUCCCGUCAGCUGGGAGUUCAAAGAGAAGGCGUACAAACGUAGAUACACGGGUAGUAUCAGUCUCUGAUUUGUCGCGUGACGAUGGAUACACUUGGAGGAAGUAUGGCCAUAAAGUGAUUUUCAACAGCGAAUAUCCAAGAUCAUAUUACAGAUGUGGGCAUAAGUACAGUCAAGGCUGUCAGGCUGCAAAAACUGUUCAGAGGAUUCACACUGAACCAUGUGAAUUCAGGGUUGAAUACAUACAUUCUCAUACAUGCACGAGGCAAAACGUGGAUAACAUGGAGGAACAAGUUUGA